CGCGACCCUUGGCCAUUGACUUCUCGGCCCAGACUCGAGACUCGGUGCUCCUUCAACCCACUCUCAACCCACCUUCAAGAAAGUCAAGUCGCCUGAGUUGACAGCGAUCUCCUUUUCUUUAACCCCUCUCUUAUUAAUUUGUCCCUUUUUUUUUUUUCGUCGCCUCUGCAUCCACUCUUCGAAAGCAAUGCUCGCUUGAUGCUGACUUUGAGACCUGCGCGAAUCGAUGGGAUCAGUUUUGGUAGCCGCAAUGGUCCAGGAGGGUGUUGGUGAGGCUCAAGAGAAGAAAUUACAUCCAUUCUUCACCAAGGCACCUCCAGCUACGCAUUCCGACAAGCCCAUUGAAGACACUUCUCAGUCAGACACCUCCCAACCUGGCUCCGAGUCAACCCAGAACCAGAGAAAACGCCGAAAUACGGAUUCUCCCGUUCCUCAGGAUGGCCGUGAUGAGAAAAAGGCCCGUCGAAACCGAAGUACCCAGGGAUUCCCGAUCUUGGCCACCCUCGCCACCCGCAACCACGAAGUGAAGGUCUCUGAUGAUCCUCCCGCUGAGCACGUUGUUGGUGACUUCCCGACUCCUCCCUUGAGCGACAUCUCCAUCCGACCCGCAGACACAACUCCCCAGCCCGCGGCAAACCUACCGCACCCCGAUGUGCAGGCCCAUCCCGAACCGACAGCCUCCCUCACCCCCCCGAAAGCCAAAAAGGUGUUGAAGUGGAAUCCCAAAACGGGAACUCUCGGUUCGCCCCCAAAGCCGAAGCCAAAGAAUACGCCAACUCGUCUCGUGCACAUUAAGUAUGGCCGCGAUGAAACCACUCGAAAGGAGAUGGGUGAUAAGAUCUCCCAAAUUCUGGACGGAAAGAUGCUGUUUCCUCCGACCCCAACCAAACCUCGAGCACCCCGUGCUUCCAAGAAGUCCAAGGAUUCUGCUACCAAGCAAGCGACUGGGUCAAAAACUACACAUCCCUUUUUCGGAGGAAAAGCCAAGAAAUUGGAGCCACCGACUGUCAACGCUGUCACAGAAAAACCACGAUCGUCCAAGAACUCUGUCUUCAUGUCGAGCCCCUUUUCCCCGAAGAAACCUCGACCUACAUUUAAUCCGGACAAGAUCCCCCAGUUCGGAAUCAAAUCGGGCGGUACCAAAGAAGCAGGCGCUGCACACCCUCUCUGGCCAGCCAAGGACAUGUCCCACAUCCGCGGUCUUGACUCCCCCAUCCGUUGCGCGGACAGCUUGAACUACGACGAGGCCCCGAAGAAGUCAAAAGGACAUGUCGUCACAAUUUCGGCCAAGGAGUCUGUUCUAGAUCGUCACUGCGAAAGUCUAGAUCUCAACACCCUGCGAAAAGCGCUCCCAAGGAACAACGACAACUUCGAACCAAUCCCUGAAGAAUUGCGAAUUCCGAAACGGCACUUUGAAAGUGGACGAAAACUCCAAAGACGAGUGCGAUCAGAGCUACGGACAUACAGGUCACCAACCAUAGAAGAUAUUGAACGAGGCCGGGACGAAUUAGACAACACGGCCAAGAGAACACACCCAGCGAUAUCCCAGUUUUACGACGCUUUAGAAACGGGACUUUCCGCCUAUGACAGAUCAACGUGCGAGACUCAGGCUUGGGCACAAAAGUACGCCCCCGCCACCGCUUCACAAGUCCUACAAGCUGGAAAAGAAGCGUUUCUGCUCAAAGAGUGGUUGCAAACUCUUCGAGUCCAGUCGGUUGACACAGGAGGUACCGACGGAAACGGCAAGGGAAAGUCAAAAUCAGAGGCAGCCCCCAGAAAAAAGAGAAAGAAGGACAAGCUAGAUGGAUUCAUUGUCGACAGUGAGGAAGAAGCGAAUGCCAUGGACGAAGUCUCUGAGAACGAGGAUGACUGGGCUCCUGCGGGAUCAGGUGUUGUCAAGAAAACGGUUAUUCGCAGCGGGGACGCGGCGGCGAAGGGUUCCAAAGAUCAGGGGCGACUGACAAAUGCCGUUGUGAUAAGCGGACCCCAUGGAAGUGGCAAGACAGCAGCUGUGUAUGCAGUAGCAAAGGAGCUAGGAUUCGAGAUCUUCGAGAUCAACUCUAGCAGCCGACGGAGCGGAAAGGACCUUUUGGAGAGGGUUGGCGAUAUGACGCGCAACCACUUGGUCCAACACCACACCGAUCCGGCCGAUGAGGAUGACGAUGAGGACGAAGUUUCCAGGGACCUCAAGUCUGGAAAACAGGGUAUGAUGACGGCAUUUUUCAAGGUCAAACCAACAACAGUCGCCAAGAAACCUACGACAAAACGUGCAGAGAGAAACUCCGACCCUAGCAAGCAGAGCUCUGCCAGGAACCAGAAACAAUCUCUCAUUCUGCUCGAGGAGGUGGAUGUUCUGUAUGAGGAAGACAAGCAAUUCUGGGCGACAUUAAUGGGGAUGAUCUCGCAGUCGAAGCGGCCAUUUAUCAUGACUUGCAACGAUGAGAGCUUGGUUCCAUUACAAAGCCUGAGUCUGCACGGAAUUUUCCGAUUCUCUCCUCCUCCCACCAGCCUUGCUGUGGAUCUUUGCAUCCUCGUUGCCGCAAACGAGGGCCAUCUCCUCAGCCGACCGACGGUGGAGGCAUUGUACAGGUGUCGCAACAAUGAUAUCAGGGCGACAUUGACCGACCUGAACUACUGGUGUCAGAUUGGUGUUGGUGAUCGCAGGGGAGGGUUUGACUGGUUCGUCCUCCGAUGGCCAAAGGGAUCUGACCUUGACGAGAACGGAGACGUGAUUCGAGUCAUUAGCGAAGACACGUAUUGCAAGGGCAUGGGCUGGAUUGGCCGUGAUCUUGUUGCCAUGUGCUCCAACCCACUGGAGUCGGAGGAGGAAGCCAUGCGGCAGUCUUGGGAUUCGUGGAAGCUGGACAUGGGCGACUGGAACAGUUCAACGGAUCUGCACUCAUGGGCGCAAAGUGUGUCUGAGGCUGCUCCAGACCCGAGUCGAAAAUUCGACACCCUAGCUGCGUAUGAUGACUUCUGCGAUGCCAUGAGUAGAGCCGACAUUCUAUCCAGCGGGGGGUUUGGAAUCAAUUUCCAAGAAACACUUGAUUCGACACUACCCGAAAUUCCGGCAAAGAACAAAGACGACUUCAUAAUCGGACGGCGACUCCUCGAAGCAGAUCCCAAGACGACUCCGUGCUCACCGCAUGUCACCCUCUCAAUGUCCCUUAAGUCCCUGGCCAAGAACAAUCUGCUUCGAUCGACAUCUCCAAUCGGCCAAACUGGAUCAGGCUCGGUUCUCAAGCCCGUGGACGAGAAUAGGGCAGUUUCCAUGUUGGACACCUCUUUCUGUCACACUCCAACUCAGCUCACGCGGUUGGAUUUUGCCUAUGCCUUCGAUCCCAUCGCAGUUUCAGAAAAGGCGACAGCAUCCACCCACCUAGACCCGUCUGUAUUUGACCGCACUCUAAAUCUCAUUGUCCUUGACAUCGCCCCGUGGGUGAGAGGUAUCGUGGAAUUUGACCACCACCUCAUGCUGGAACGAGUCAAGCUUAGCAAUCUUCUCAGUGAAGGGGGUAAGAGGAAGCGGAUGCGAACCACGCGGAGCGCUUACUCGGCCUUGGAGGGCGGGGAGAGAAGGGCGACACGCCGGGAACGGUACUUUGGAGAUUGUCUCAACACUGAGUUUGUGAGACGUACUGCGAGAGAGGAGUGGAGGCUGGCGGCCGAGGCUGUGACGGCGGCCAUGGCGCCCAAGGAGAUGGCUGAAAGUAUUCCAAGCAGCCCUCCCUACUCGGGAGAGGAAGAAUCGGGAAGUAUAUAACGAACCCACAUGUGCCAAGAACCGUUCAUACACAAUGGACUUGGCAACUAUAACGAAGAUCUGGGGUGGUUUGGGAAAUAAGCUGGAAUCGAAUUCUCGGAGUCAUGGAUCAGGUACAGGCAGCAUAGCAUAGAGAAGUGAAACUCGAGUAUACACACA